AUGGCGACGGACGCGCGCGCGCGCUCCCCGCAAGAUGGCGUCCGAAGGAGACGCGACUUCAACAGGUCGCCGUAUGUGACGCUGGGCGCGGUGCGCUACACGGUUCGCCGCGCUCCCCCGCCGCGUGCCUGCCCCUGCCGCUGCUGCUCCGAGGAGGCGGUGGCGGCGUGCCUCGGCCGCUCCAAGCCGGACCGCCGCACGCUGGAGCGUUUCCAGCGGCGCCUGGGCCGCGCCACGCGCGACGAGCGGCCCUCGCGCCAACAGCGCUUAAAGGACUUCACAGAGCGGCUUCUUCCCCGAGCCCACGCCGCGCCUGCUCCACCUCCGCCGCCGCCGCCGCCGCCUCCACACACCGCACCCAUCUUGCCGCCUGUCCCUCCGCCACGAUCACGCCACCGACAUAGUCCAUCUCGUGGCGUCUCCGUUGAUCGUUGUGAUGACUUUGACGCCGAUAAAAUUACCCUGAUACGAGUCGAACCUCGUUCAAUUAUUGGAUCCUAUGCACAAAAAACUAUUCCUUACCGCAGUGCUUCUUUCUCCCAAGGUGAUUUUGUGCAGGACAAGUAUUAUCGUGGUAAACAACCGUCUAUUUUUGAUUUUGGUAAACGCGUUCCCAACACGUCUGAAAGUGCUUUGCGUCGUGAUUGUUCCGCGAGUGUUACAGAGGAAAAUGCGACUGAAGGUGGGUCCGUUGCAUCGGUGGAUUCUGCGGUAGGUUCGGAUGAAGGACUCCUUGCGCAUGCGCUACCGGUUGCGCGAUCUCCGCCUCCAGAUGCUUUACAUAAACAAUUAGGUGCUCGUUCAUUGACACAUCCGUUACCGCGCCGCGUACCGUCAGUACGCGAAGAGGAUUCGACCGAUGCUGGUGGAAGUUUACCUGCGUUGAUGCCCCCGCGUGUUUUGCAUGAAUUACGUGAGGAAAGUGACGGUUCGCAGGCAGAUAGUGCGCAGGCGCAUAGUGAAGGAACCUCACCCUUAGAACCGUCUCAACCAUUUGCAUUCCCGCCUCUUCCCGCUCCUCCUUCAAAUUCGUGUGCUAAUGUAGACUGUGAAUGUGCUAAUAUUCAGACUCGUAAGGAAUCUACGGGAGAAUUGGACAGUUCUAUUCCUAUUCCUAUACCUGUGUAUGAGUGCAUAGUGAAACAGUGGUCUAAGGAUACUCAGCCAGAUGAAGCAUUUCGUUCUGAUGCGGCGUCAGACGGGUCUUUAGAUCGAGAUAAAGAAGAUGAAACUAUAACGAGUGAGCAAGUGGAGCAUUUAUUAGCUGCCGUGCAAAACCCGUGUACGCCAGCACCAAUUGGUGCUCGAGAAAGACGGAGACCUCUAGACAAAACCAAAAGAAGAAAAGGAAUUUACAUUACGACAGCUAGUGACGACGGUGGUGAUGACCCUCCUCCACCUGUAAAUGGAUGUAAUCGAGAAAGCAGUGAUGCUUCCUUACAAGACAUGAGAUUAUCAGCAGAAACUAGAACCUCGUCUUUAUUGGGUGACAAAUCAGACGAUUCAUUUACGAACGGCCCUCCGAGCCCAAGUGAUUCCACGAUGCCGAUGUGGCCUAAAACAGACGAAACGCUUAGAGCAAGACGAGCAAGAUUUUCUCAGCAAAGUUCUGACGAGAAAGAUGAUGAAGUUUAUAGAAGUGUAGCUCGUCGAAAGUAUGGUGUUACAUCUAGGGGUGACUCUCCCUCUGAAGCAGAAAGCGAUACGUGCUCUCGUGACCGUACAGCUUCACCGUCCCCAUAUAGCCCAUCUGAUACAUCUGACGUGGAAGCAAAGAGACAGCAAUUUACACGCCCGUUUGGAAGAAAUUUAACUCCAACAUGUAGAUCAGUGGAGGUUGGCCGAAGAAGCUUCUCAGAGACCGUUCCCAGUCGGAAAAUAAGUGCUGGUGCCGCACCUACAUCAGAUUCACGGCCACGUGGUCACACCCAUGUGAGAGCAACUUCUUCCCCUUCAAAAUUAGUGGGAGUCAAACCAGGCACAGACUUGUUGGCGGAGCUCUUGCGUGGCAGUUCCGAAGCACUAUCUAAUGCAUCAGCCUUUGACAACGUGAUAUUGACUCUACACCAGCAUAACAUUCAGGGUCGGGUAUUCGAGUUCUCGUACGUCUGGUCAAUGCCACGUGCCGUGGCCUGUGACUCACGCAACAGCUGUUCCAAAAAAAAACAAUAA